AUGGAGCCGGAGCGGGGCGGCACGCACGAAGCGGGGGGGCGGCGGGGCAGCGCCAAGACGUCGUUCCUGAUCGAGGAUAUCCUGUACCGCGGCGAGGACCGCUGGGGGGAGCGGCGUGGGGAAGGGCGAGGCGAGGGCCCGCGCCGCGACGGCUACCUGCACGUGGCGAUGGGCGCGCUCGGCGCCUACCUGCACGCGCCCGCCUACAAGCCCGUCGAGGCGCCGUACUUCCUCUCGCAAGGAGUGCCGUACCACGCGAUCUUCACGCCGGCGGAGCUGUCGCUGUCGGCGCUGAAGCACUGCCGCCGCCGCAAGGCCCGCACCGUCUUCUCCGACCCCCAGCUCACAGGUCUGGAGAAGCGGUUCGAGUCGCAGCGGUACCUGUCGACGCCGGAGCGCGUGGAGCUGGCGGGCGCGCUGAACCUGUCCGAGACGCAGGUCAAGACCUGGUUCCAGAACCGCCGCAUGAAGCACAAGAAGCAGCUGCGCAAGCAGCAGCAGCAGCGAGGCGCUGCGGCCGUGGACUUCACCAACAAGGGGCCGGCUCACUCCUCCGAUGGAAAGGAGGAGCAGCGGUCGGCGAUAUCGCACACGUCGGAGUCGGACACCGAGCACAGCGACAGCGACAUCGACAUCGUCGGCGACCACCCCUACACACUACACACACCACUACGCCAUGCCGCCCUAGACACACUACCCUAGCUUUAUUGUUAUUGUACUAUCAUAGAAAAUUAUUCUAAGGCGGAUCUACGCUAUUUCAAGUAAAUAUUAGCAUUGAUCUGUCAGCUGGGUAAUA